AUGAAGCUCAAGAUAUCCCCCUUUGAGCAACUUCCUGAUGAACUUAUCUCCCAUAUCAUAACCUUCUCCCUCAACGUCGGUUUAGUUCUCGAUAUACCCUCUGUUAUUUCCCUCCAUCGCGUUAGUUCCCGGAUACGGUCAGUUUCCCGCUUUGACGGGUUGGUCUGGCGUGUUCAUUGUUUCCCAACACUCACUGUCCCUCAAAGCCGUUGCACUCCGUCGCACUGCCCUCCCCCCUCUCCCUCUUCAUCCUCAUCCUCAUACUCUCCGAAACAUAAGAGUGUCUUACUGUUACCUUCUCGUCUAGAAAAGGUAACAAUCCGAUCACACGCGCAGUGGUAUGAUGCAUCAGACGAAGAGAGAGGUGUGGAUUGGUACAAAGAGUACCAGUACCGCCAUGCCCCCUUACAUGACGAAUCCUUCAUCAAGUUCGACUGCCCAGAUAAUCUAGAGAUUGUAGAUAUCGCUAUUGCUGGGGGGGCUGAUUCUGGAAUGAAUCACCUCCUAGCCGCAUCUGCUCUGGGAGAUGGUAGCGUUUGUAUAUUUUCACUCUCGGAUAGCAAAAUCGGCUCUAUCCUUGGGAGAUCGAAACCGGACCUACUAGCCCGAAAGUCCCCAGACCUGGGAUCCGGAAGGCUAGGUGAUGGCACUAUAACUGGGGCGCAUCACGAGCGAGGACUUUUUGUGAAUGCUGCCACAGCAUACAGCCACAGGGCUUGGUUUGGCGCAGGCAGUGUUUUGACCGAGGUCGACCUAACAACAAUGCAGAGGAUCCGAUCCCAUCGGUUCCCCUUCUCUGUUACAUGCUUGUCAACCCCCAUGCCAGUGCUUGCCGUCGGAACUACCCUGACACUUCAUCUCUUGGAUUCAAGAAGUUUCUCGGAUUAUGUUGCUACAACCUCUACUUCCCGCUCUUCCGACCCAUGCCAUAGUGAGAAGAUUGACCCCGUCUUCACAGACUCAAGUAUGCGUAAGGCGUCUACUCGUUUGUACGGCCAUUCAACCGCCUCGCCUCGCCUGUCAAUGGAUGUUGAAGAGCGGAAUUCGCGUGACUACCUUCUGCACGCGCCACCUACUGCAUUUCUCCAGCCAUCCCCACUCAGCAUCUUACAUUCUCCAAUAGACCAAGGCGGCGGCAAUGAACUUUAUGUUGCUGGGAGAUUCCCUAGUAUUAUGGCUUAUGAUCGGCGACAAUGGCCUCGGCUCGUUGGCACGAUGCAUUCUGGUGCCCGGUUAAGUAGCCUCGCCAUUAUUCCUUCGAAUUCUGCGAUACCAAUGCCGUCAAACUACACUCUGAUAGGAUGUGGUGAAUAUGCUGGCAGGGGCACGCUGGAGAUGUACCCACUACCCAUAGCAGGACCUAUCCCUCGCUUUCCCGAUGGGUUUCUCCAAAGAGGUAAUGCCGUGGAAGAAGCGCCAGACAAAAUACGUCUAUUAGAUCAAAAAAUGUUUGCGAAAUCGACUUCUGCAGCCACUAGGAAUAGACAGUCCGCUUCAAGGAGCAAAAUCUUCUCGGUGGCCAGCCAGGGGAUCAAGGUUGUCACGGGCGAUAGCGAGGGCCGCCUCCGUUUCAUGGAAAGGGACGGUACAAAACACAUUCGUGAUUGGGUCGGUCCUUGGGGUAAUAAUUUUACCGGAGGGGGGUGUGUUAAAAAGAUACUUCCAAUCCUGCACCCUCAAGCAGGUCUUAAACCCUCAGCAGAAAACAGUGAUCUCCUUCUGCACGUCGGGGAAGGUGCUGGUGUCCUGACCUUCAAUCCCUCCCUCCAGAGGAACCGCACUACUAGCGUGAUAACGCCGUCCAAACAAGAAAUAUCACUCAAGGUUGUGCAGGAAGAAGAGGAAGAAGAAGAAGAAGAAGAAGAAGAAAAGGUAUAUAUACAAGCCAUGCGAGCUGCCCUAGAAACACACGGCUCAGAUCUCCAAUUCCUUCAAAGGCUAGGUAUGUAG